AUGGCUGUGGACACAGAAAAGGAUUCGGUGCAGGCUGGUUCUCCAAUGGAGACGCCAGGGUCGCCUGUUGAUGAAACAACUGAGCCGGUUGUCACUUUGAAGACAUGGAUUGUCUCUAUGAUUCUUUCUUGUGGUUAUGGCCUCUCUUUCUGGCCUAUUCCAGUGGUGUCGGCAAUUGGCACCAUGAUCUCUGCUGAUAUGGGGGAUCCAACUGGGUAUAUCUGGUUUGUUCCUGCGUGGACUAUCUCGAUCACCUGUGCUUUCUUGAUAUUUGGCCCAAACACCGAUCUUUUAGGUCGACGCUGGUUCUUAGUUUUGGGUAAUCUGGUAUGCUUCAUUGGCCAUAUUGUGGUGGCAUCAGCCAAAAGCACCAACCAAGUCAUUGCCGGACUGGUUGUCUCCGGUUUUGGCGGUGCAAACUGUCAGAUGGCCGCAUUCGCCCUACCAGAACUCCUCCCCAAUAAAUGGCGACACAUCGGAGUCGUCAUCGCCGAUCUCACAGUCUACAUAGCCGUCAUCAUCGCACCAGUGACAGCCCGCUAUGGCUACGAACUCGGAACCUGGGCCUGGAACUUCUGGGGCGUAGCCAUCUUCCAAGGCCUAUCAUUCUUCGGCCUGUUAUUCCUCUACCACCCGCCGAAACACCCGUACGCCCAACCCCUUCCAACCCAACCCCAUCCAGACUCGGUAUCCCAUACAAAGAAGCCUUCAAGUCCCUCAGACUACCUCGGCGCCUUCCUCUUCAUCGGCGGCGCAGUCCCAUUCCUAAUGGGCAUCGUCUGGGCCGGCGUAUACGACUCAAACGACGUCCACGUCGUCGCCCCUCUAGUCGUCGGCGCGGCUGUUCUCGUCUGUUUCGCGCUAUGGGAGUCCUUCGGCAAGCUGAAAUACCCACUAACACCAACCUAUGUCUUCGCCAGCUCGUGGGGCCGCGACUUCACGGCGCCGGUCAUUGCGCUCGGCGUCGUCAAUAUGUUCUACUACUCGUCUAGUAUCCUGUGGCCGCAGAUGAUCACGGUGUUCUAUACGAAUGGUGGUGCGGACUGGAAAUACUCUGUUAUUCUGUCCUUGCCGCAGGGAUUCGCUAUCUUCUUUGGUGCUAUGCUUCUCACUUGCUUUGGUAGUAAGCUGCGACAUUGGCACUGGCAGCUUACCGGGUCUGUGUUUGUGAUGGUUGUUUUUGGAUCGUUGCUUGGCAUUGUCACGCCGACUAAUAAGGGGACUAUGAUUGCCUUUAUCUUCCUCUCCCAGGCUGGGUUUGGUUGGGCUCUUUAUUUGAGUAUUGCUAUUACCCAGAUGGGUGUUGAGCAUAAGAAUCUUGGUGUUAGUGGUGGUAUCUCCGGGUGCAUUCGCUUUGCUGCUGGUGCUGUUGCGACCUCGAUCUACCAAACUGUCUACAGUAACUCGUUGGCGAAAUAUACAGCUAUAUAUGUCCCCUCCGCUGCCAUCUCCGCGGGACUUCCGGAGUCAAAGGUCACAGACCUAAUGGCUGUGGUAUCCAAAGGUGCUGCUGCGAUGAAGUCAUAUAGCCCUGCUGUGGUGGCAGCAGCAGAGGCGGCUCUCAGUCAAGCCUACUGCAAAGCGAUCUUUAUCGUGGCUAUGGUAUCGAUGGCCUUCGGCAUUUUGGGUCUUGCUGCUUGUCUUUGCUGCAAGGAUAUCGAAGUGUACCUUGAGAACACAGAUCUCUCCGACCGAAACAAGUUCCAUUAG